CCGACUCAGAACGCACUUACUUCCGACCGUUACUCAUAGACGUUCUCGCCUGGUUGCUGCUCCGGAGCCAAGCCUCUAUGAUACGUGCUCGUGCCUUGUCUAAUGUACCUUCGCUUUGGAAGCUACCUAGACAACCUGCUAGUAUCUCGCAAUGGCAUUACGCACAUCGCUCAUACCAAUCCAACACGCCUCUCAAGGAUACCUUCCCUCCGCUAGCCUUUGCGUUCGAUAUCGAUGGCGUCCUUUUGCGCGGCUCUCAGGCGAUACCAGCUGCUAAGCGUGCGCUCGCUAUACUCGAAGGAGCCAAUCCUACCGGAAGCAAGAUACCCUAUAUUUUGCUGACCAACGGAGGCGGCACAUCCGAGGAGGCCCGCUGCAAAAAGCUCACCUCGAUUCUCGGAUUCGAGAUCGACAAGACACACAUUAUCCAGUCACAUACCGUCUUAAAGCAAAUAGUGGAGAAGUAUGCCAACCUUCCCGUACUAGUCCUUGGAGGGAGAAAUGAUGAAGUGCGCAAAGUGGCUGAAGGUUAUGGAUUCAGCAAAGCCUACACCACUCUAGACGUGCUCGCAUGGAAUCCUGCGGUCUGGCCCUUCCACGAUCUAACCGAGUUGGAACGGCAGUCAACAAAGGAAGUCGACUUCACACAAACGCCCAUCGCCGCCGCCUUCGUCUUCCAUGACCCCCGCAAUUGGGCAUUGGACAUCCAAAUUCUGUGUGAUGUCUUCCAGUCGGGCGGUAUCAUUGGAGGGCCACAUGGUGGCCCCGGCGGCACGGUGGGACGUGACAGCACGACACAGGCCAGUCAGCAUCGGCGCCCGGAGCUCAUAUUCUGCAAUCCAGACCUGCUGUGGAAAGCAAACUUCGAGCGACCUCGACUCGGGCAGGGCGGCUUCAGGAUUGCGUUCCAGGCCGUCUACAAGGCCGUGUCUGGUGCAGAGUACCCGUACGUGCAAUUUGGGAAACCGACGGAGGCCACCUAUCAGUUUACCAAACAAGUCUUGCAUGACCGGUUCAACGAACUGUAUGGCCAACUGGCUGACAGACCACCGCGCGUGUAUAUGGUGGGAGACAACCCUGAAUCAGAUAUAGCUGGAGCGAACGCUGCAGGCUGGUCGUCUGUGCUAGUGCAUACCGGAGUGUAUGACCCUCAGCAGGGUCCCCCCUCGCACACUCCGACUCACCAAGCGAGCGACGUCGAGGAGGCUGUCAAGUGGGCCAUUGAGCGGGAGCUCGCGAAAGGUCACUGACAGAACGUACGCUGAAUGCCAUCGCUACUUACGCUCUUCCGCCCCUACUAUCUAUUUGCGCGGGUGAUUAGAUGGAUUAGAUGCGUAACUAUUGCACAACCUCAAAUCGUCAAGAAAUGCACAUUCGGCAAAUUGGUCCGUCCUCCAAAGCUUCACCAACUGUUCACACUUGUACGUGACCCGCCCACAUCUCAGUACGGCUCGGAUGGUUGCGGCCCAUGGCAGGUCAUCAUUUGGAAAUAAGGUUUUCAGAGGUCAAUUUGAAGUGAGUUGGAUGCGUACCGAGAGACCAGUGCAAUAGAUCCAGGUUGCUGCCAUGCUACGGUCUGUUAGUGUUA